UAAUACAGAGGGAGGAGCAUUGAAAGUAAACUCUUCCCCGUCUUUUGAUUAGAUUGUAUUUUACCUGUGAAGCAGAAUGACAACAAAACUGAAUGGAGUCCAGAAGAUGAGUGGUCUUGUGGAGGAAGACGAGGACACAGCAGAGCCUCCAGGACCCAGUUGUCUGUCUGUGAAGUCUAACAAGUCUAAAGUUGAACCUCCGUGCUUCAGUAAUGAACCUGGAGUGUCAGACACAAAAAUUCAGAACCAGAGACGGAGAGCAGAGACUCCAGGACCCAGAUGUCUGUAUCUGAUGAGAGACUUGUCCAAAGACCUACCUCCGGUAUUCAGUAAUGAACCUGGAGCCUCAAACACAAAAGACGAGUUUGCUGUUUCUGUGGAUGAGACGUCCCGCUGUCCUCUGUGUCAGGACAUCCUGAAGGAUCCAGUCUCCACCAGCUGUGGUCGCUGGUUCUGCAGACGCUGCAUCUCCUCAUACUGGAAACAGUCUGGUCCACCAGGAGACUCAUGCUGUCCCCAGUGUGGACAGAGACCUGGAUUUGGACAACAGACACAGACAAAUGUUGGUCUGCAGGAGGUUCUAGAUGAACAUAAGAUUAGUCUGAUGAUGAGAUUUAAACAUGUGACUGAAGGAACUGAUGAAACAGGAAGUAGAACCCUCCUGAACAAGAUCUUCACUGAGCUCUACAUCACAGAGGGACAGAGUGAAGAGGUCAAUACUCAACAUGAGGUGAUGCAGCUGGAGACAAACUCCAAGAAGAAGAUCGUCCAGGACACUCCCAUCAAGUGCUGUGACAUCUUUAAAGUCUUACCUGACCAGCAGGGGGGCAUCAGAGUCGUCCUGACCAAUGGCGUUGCUGGUGUUGGAAAAACCUUCUCGGUGCAGAAGUUCACUCUGGACUGGGCUGAGGGUUCAGAAAACCAGGAUGUGAAUCUGCUGAUUCUGCUUUCGUUCAGGGAGCUCAACCUGAUCAGAGAUCAGCAGCACAGUCUUCUCACACUGCUCCAUGUUUUCCAUCCAACAUUACAGAAGGUCAGAGCGGAGAAGCUUGCUGUCUGUAAACUUUUGUUCAUCUUUGACGGCCUGGAUGAAAGCAGACUCUCACUGGACUUCAACAGCGGGAUGCUUGUUUCUGACGUCACACACAGGUCAUCAGUCAACGUGCUGCUGACCAACCUCAUUCAGGGGAAUCUGCUUCCCUCGGCUCUCAUCUGGAUAACUUCCCGACCUGCAGCGGCCAAUCAGAUCCCUCCUACAUGUGUUGACAGGGUAACAGAAGUACAAGGCUUCACCGACGACCACAAGGACGAGUACUUCAGGAAGAGAACCAGAGAUGAAGAUCUGUCCAGCAGAAUCAUCUCACACAUCAAGACCUCUAGGAGCCUCCACAUCAUGUGUCAAAUCCCAGUCUUCUGCUGGAUCAGCGCUACAGUUCUGGAGCACAUGUUGACCACAGAGCAGAGAGGAGAGCUACCCAAGACCCUGACAGACCUGUACUCACACUUCCUACUGGUUCAGGCAAAGAGGAAGAAGAUCAAGUAUGAUAAAGGACGUGAGAUGAGUCCACGGGAGCUGAUGGAGACUGACAGGGACUUUCUUCUGAAGCUGGGGAGGCUGGCCUUUGAACAUCUACAGAAAGGAGACAUCAUGUUCUACCAAGGAGACCUGGAGCAAUGUGGUCUUAGUGUGACAGAGGCCUUGGUGUACUCAGGAGUUUGUACAGAAAUCUUCACAAGAGAGAGUGUGAUCUUCCAGAAAUCAGUUUACUGCUUUGUUCAUCUGAGCAUUCAGGAGUUUCUGGCUGCAGUCUACAUGUUCCACUGUUUCACCAACAAUAAGACACAGGUCCUGAAGAACUUCCUGGGAGAAGAAUACUCAGCCCAGAUCCAAACACCUUUUUUGAACAAGCUCUCUUCUCUUGUUAAAAGUCACUUAUCACUGGCUGUGCUCCUGAAAGGAGCCAUGGAGAAAUCCCUUCAAAGUGAAAAUGGUCACCUGGACCUGUUUGUUCGCUUCCUUCAUGGACUCUGUCUGGGGGCCAACCAGAGACUCUUAGGAGGUCUGCUGGGUCAGACUAAGAUCAGUCCAAAAAUAAUCCAGAGAGUCUCGAAGAACCUAAAGAAAAUGAACACAGACGACAUCUCACCUGACAGAAGCAUCAACAUCUUCCACUGUUUGAUGGAGAUGAAUGACCAAUCAGCGUAUCAGGAGAUCCAAGCGUUCAUGAAGUCAAAGGACAGAGAACAGGAACUCUCUGAGAUCCAAUGUUCAGCUCUGGCCUACAUGCUGCAGAUGUCUGAGGAGGUUCUGGAAGAGUUGGACCUGAGAAAGUACAGAACAUCAGUCCAGGGAAAACACAGGCUGAUUCCAGCUAUGAGGAACUGCAGGAAGGCUGUGUUGAGUGACUACAGUUUGACAGAGAUCAGCUGUUCUUCUCUUGUCUCAUCUCUGAAGUCCAACCACUCCCACCUGAGAGAACUGGACCUGAGCAACAGCAAGCUGCAGGAUUCAGGAGUGAAGCUGUUGUGUCCUGGACUAGAGAGUCCACACUGUAGACUGGAGGCUCUGUGGUUGAUGGGCUGCAGUUUGACAGAGAUCAGCUGUUCUCUGGUCUCAGCUCUAAAGUCCAACCCCUCCCACCUGAGAGGACUGAACUUGGGCAGCAACAAGCUGCAGGAUUCAGGAGUGAAGCUGCUGUGUUCUGGACUGGAGAGUCCUCACUGUAGACUGAAGGCUCUGUGGUUGAGUGGCUGCAGUUUGUCAGAGAUCAGCUGUUCUUCUCUGGCCUCACUUCUGAAGUGCAACCCCUCCCAUCUGAGAGGACUCAACCUGAAUGAGAACAAGCUGCAGGAUUCAGGAGUGAAGCUGCUGUGUUCUGGACUGGAGAGUCCACACUGUAGACUGGAUACUCUGUUGUUGAGUGAUUGCAGUUUGACAGAGAUCAGCUGUUCUUCUCUGAGCUCAGCUCUGAAGUCCAACCCCUCCUACCUGAGAGAACUGAGCCUGAGCAACAACAAGCUGCAGGAUUCAGGAGUGAAGCUUCUGUGUUCUGGAUUGGAGAGUCCACACUGUAGACUGAAGACUCUGAAGUUGAUGGGCUGCAGUUUGUCAGAGAUCAGCUGUUGUUAUGUGAUCUCGGCUCUUAAGUCCAACCCCUCCCACCUGAGAGAACUGAACAUGAGCAACAACAAACUGCAGGAUUCAGGAGUGAAGCUGCUGUGUUCUGGAUUGGAGAGUCCACACUGUAGACUGAAGACUCUGUUGUUGUGGGCCUGCAGUUUGUCAGAGAUCAGCUGUUCUUCUUUGAUCUCAGCUCUGAAGUCCAACCCCUCCCACCUGAGAGAACUGGACCUGAGUCAGAACGAGCUGCAGGAUUCUGGAGUGAAGCUGCUGUGUUCUGGACUGGAGAGUCCACACUGUAGACUGGCAACUCUGAAGUUGAGUCGCUGCAGUUUGUCAGAGAUCAGCUUUUCUUCUCUGGCCUCAGCUCUGAAGUCCAACCCCUCCUACCUGAGAGAACUGGACCUGAGUGCUAACAGGCUGCAGGAUUCAGGAGUGAAGCCUCUGUCUGAUUGUGAGAAGAGUCCAGACUACAGACUGAACACUCUGAGAUGGUAGUGAGGAUCUUGAUGAAGGUGAGCGUGAAGAGGGCGAUGUGUGUGUGUGUGUUGACAGAAGAUGAGUUUCAUCCUGAGGCCUGCACUGUGAUGCCGUUUCAACUCAUCUGAAAACAAAAACACAAAUGACAGUGGUGGUGUUUUUCUGUGACAUCUGUGAACACAGAUUGCUUUUUUGAGAGAGAUUUAAUUAUUAAGUAUGCAUAUUCUUUAAAAUCUGAGUAACCUCUGUUAACUAUUAUUUACUCAUAUAUUAAAAAGCCUUAAAGCUA